AUGCCAUGGUAUGUCGUGUCCCUCCGGGAUCCCAUCGGCCCCUCGGAGCGCGAUGAACUCGCUAGUGCCAUCACCAAGGUCCACACAAACCUGUUCACCACCCCGUCUCUCUUUGUCAACGUCAGAUUCGAAGAUGGGUCCAGCGUACAUCAUUAUGUCGGAGGCAAACGCAAACUUGUAAACGCCAUUCAAGCGCACGUCCGCUCUGGCCCUUCGCGCCCUCGCUCAUCAUACGAUGAAUUGUGCCGCCAGCUCCGCGGUUCCUGGGAAACGGUCUUGCCGACAACGCCGCUCGACCUCAUCUCGGUGCAUGGUAGUCUCGUUGCCGGCGAGGAAAACGGGUUCCUCCGUCCAGAGGCCGGUCAGGACGCUGAAUGGGUGAGAGAGCACAUGGCCGAAUUUGAGCGGCUGGCAGCGGCAGGGAACGAAGCGAUGAAGACGCUGGUGGAAGAUUGUAGGUCGAGAGGACUGGGUCCCUAG